CGGUCACACUGCAUAUUUUGUUGCAUUGCUGACUUUAUUGUUUUUUUUUAGACUAUUUUUAUGUAAAACGAAAGUGUGAAAAUGCAAAGAGCAUAGAUGUGCACGGGACAAUUAACCAAAUAGUUGAGCUGCGUACUCAAGUGUUACUACGCAACCAAUCGGCGUGCGGUUAUGGUGUGUUAUAUGCUUCGCCAGUAGUUUUCGCUGCGAAAAUAUUUUCGGCGCCCCCUUAAGCGACGUGUAUUUGGGGCGCGGCGCCCAACAGAAAAGAACAAAACGACGGGCACAAAGCGACACUCGUACUAAAAUUGCCAGCAAGAUCAGCGCCAGGCGUACACAAUGGCAGAAAGGCCCAAAAAUUUGUUUGCAACUGGACCGAGCCGUUCUCGCAUACCGCCUGAUCAGCUUAAUCUGAACAAUCUGAGCAUACGACAUCCGCCUUCAUCAACGUCGUCCACAUCGUCGGGCUCCACGUCGUCGGGCUCAAGUUCCUCAUCGCAGCAGAAUAAUGUGGCUUUACGCUUUGGUGCCCAGCCCAGCUUUGUGCCAGCUGUGCCGGUGCCCACCAGCAGCAGCAGCAGCAGCAAUAGUAAUGCCAGCGCCGGCGCCAGCGGCAGCGCCACGGAUCGUCAUAGGGAGCGCAUCCGACAGCAGGCAUGCGGCAAACUACAGUUUGGUGAAGGUGCCAUCAAUACACAUCAGUUCACAUCGGACGAUUUGGAAGAUUUGGGCGAGAUUGGACGCGGUGCAUUUGGUGCGGUCAACAAAAUGAUAUUCAAGAAGUUGGACAAGGUGAUGGCUGUGAAGCGCAUACGCUCCACGGUGGAUGAGAAGGAGCAGAAACAGUUGCUCAUGGAUUUGGAGGUGGUCAUGAAGUCGAACGAAUGCAUCUACAUUGUCCAGUUCUAUGGGGCGCUCUUCAAGGAGGGCGACUGUUGGAUAUGCAUGGAGCUAAUGGACACCUCGCUGGACAAGUUCUAUAAAUACAUAUUUGAGAAGAAGCAGCGGCAUAUACCCGAAUCCAUACUCGCCAAGAUCACGGUGGCCACAGUCAAUGCGCUUAACUAUUUGAAGGAGGAGCUCAAGAUAAUACAUCGCGAUGUUAAGCCAAGCAACAUUCUGUUGCACAGACGCGGCGACAUUAAACUAUGUGAUUUUGGCAUCUCCGGACAGCUAGUCGAUUCGAUAGCCAAGACCAAAGAUGCGGGCUGCAGGCCCUACAUGGCGCCGGAACGCAUUGAUCCGGAGCGCGCCAAGGGCUAUGAUGUGCGCAGCGAUGUUUGGUCAUUAGGCAUAACAUUAAUGGAGGUGGCCACAGGCACAUUUCCCUAUCGCAAAUGGGAUUCGGUAUUUGAGCAGCUGUGCCAGGUUGUGCAGGGUGAUCCGCCGCGCUUGCAUACAUCCUAUAAUGGCAUUGAGUUCUCCAUGGAGUUCGCAGAGUUUGUCAAUACUUGCCUGAUCAAGAAGGAGAGCGAUAGGCCCAAAUAUAGCCGACUGCUGCAGAUGCCAUUCAUACGGAGGGGCGAGAACAGCCACACGGAUGUCGCCGCUUAUGUGGCCGAUGUACUCGAGUCCAUGGAGAGCGAUGGCAUUACGCAGUUUACAACCAACCAGCCCGCGGAAAGUUAAUCUGAAGAGCGAGUCCAACUAAAGUCAUAAAUUAACUAAGCAAAAAAACAGUAACAACAAAACGCAAACUAUUCAAAAACAAAACAAAAAAAAAACCCAAAAAAAAUGAAAGCAAAACAUAAAACAAAAAUUGUUGUCUACUUUGUAGCAUUCGUAGUAAACGUAGCGCGUAUUUUGUUAAAGCAAAAACAAAAAGCAACAGUGUGAGUAUAAGCAAAAAAAAAAAAAAAAAAUAAGAUAAAACAAUUUGUAAAAUGCGUAUAAAAUGUUUAUUUUGGUGUUGUAGUGAAACAUAAACUAAUGCCUUUUUUGUAAGUUAAGUGAGCUAGCAUUUGAAAUUUAUGGCUUUUGUUUAUAGUUGUUAACUGCAACCUGGAUAAAUUAAAAGCAAUAUUUGUAAAAUUUGUACACGCCAAUAAAACAAAAACUGUUAACUAAAGCAAACUACGAAAUAGCCAUAAACAAUAAGUAAAUACAACAUUCAAUAUGAUUUAUAUUUAGUUUAUCCGUAAAUAUUCUAUAAACGUUUGUUUUGCAUAUGAAAGU